AUGCCCGUCUCCGUCACUUUCCCCGCCCCCAUCGCCAUCGAGCACACACCCCCGCCGACGAAACCUCAGAGUGUCGUAAAAUGGCAACGGCCCAGAGGUUUAUGGAAGGCCCGUGGGACCGGCCCUCGCCGCGAUAAGCAAGACCAACACUCAUCAGAUACCACUGACGACGAUAUUGACGACGACGAGUACCCCCCAUUCCACGUACUCGAAGCCGUCGAACAUAGUUGUUGUCGUCGUAUAACCACCAGAUUUCGCUCACGAAAACGACAUCGCAGUGAGACGCUCUCCACUAACUCAUCGGACGACGAGGAGGAGAUUAGAUAUUGGGAUUAUUCACGACGGUGCGAUAGUCCGCAUCCGGAACGAUUAAACAAGUGGGCUGCGCGGUCGAAAGUUAUGGAUGUUUCCAGUAUAGCGAGGGGUCCUAGCCCGGUUGUUGUUCAGGAGGAGGGGGAGUAUACGAUUGAAGAUUGGAGGGAUCUCAAGGAACUUUUUGCAAAAGCUGCAGCGCAGUAUGAAGGGGAUGACCCAGCAGAGACGCUGUUGCUGUUACGAGCUGUGAUACACGAAUGUCACCGAUUUCUUCGCCACCACCGCGACCCCUCUCUUCUUUUCUCACCCCCGCUCCCUGAGCCCGCCCCGGUCCCUGAGCGAAACUGGUUCCACGAUGAGCAACCACGAUAUAUGUCCUCUGAACGGCCCAAGCGAAAACCCUCAACCCCACCACCAGUAGAAAAAAAGUGCAAAUGCGUCGACCUCGUAACAGCAUUCCACACCAUCCUCGGCACAGUCCUCUUCUUCUUCGGAAACAUCAUCGCGCAAGAUCCAACAUUAGCGCUCGAAGGCGAGCCAACAACCGCAGUACCCUACUGGCUCGCAGCCUUCGACGCCUUUGAAACAGGCGAAAACUCGCCAACACGCGUCAACGGCAAAGGCUGCACAUCCGCGCCAGAGGACUGGCGCAUGGCCAUCAUGUGGGGACGCACACUCGUCGCACUCGCCGACGACCUCCUUGCCCGCCAGGCAAAAUUAAAAGAAGAUAACCCCAACGCACCCCUUGACCCGUUCAUCGCUUCUUAUCUGGCUGAUAGUCCUAAAUGGCCAGAGGCGUCCCCGUUUGGAGCGAUUAAUCGUUCGAGGCCGGUGACGACCCGUCGACUGUCCAUAUCCACCACCACACCCAACGAGUUACUCGUGUUGGCGAUGGACCAGUUCUCACGUGGGAUAUUCCACAUGCCGCACCCUAACCACUUACCUCCCGCCUCAUCAUCAAGAACAGCAGCACCCAGCCCACCAUCCGCAGUCAAACGACCCCCCGACUCUUUCUCCCGCGCAAAAGAGCUAUUCACCAUCGGCUCCGAGGUUCUCCUCAUCUCUGAAAAGCUGUUGGAGCCAUCGGAGAGACAGACGUGGGGCGCUUGGUCGGAUAGUAUAUUCAGCCAGAUGAAGAUGGAAGCUGAUAUGGAGGUAUGGCGGGCACCCAUCGCACGUGCGCGUGGGAGGUGUUGUUUGAUCGUUGGCGCUGCACGCGCGGAAGAGCUCGAGGGUGCUCUGGAGUCUGGGGAUAUGGAUGUGCUCAAUACGGAGGAUGCGGAGGACGCACGGGAUACGUUGGGGUGUGCUAUUGGGUAUUUGGAGAAGGCACGGGAGUUGGGUGUGGGUGGGGAUGAGGAGGAGGAGGAUCGAGAGGAGUUGAGGAGUUUGCUUGUUGAAGCUUUGGUGACGCUUGCGAAUUUGACGGGGGAUGUGGGGAGGCGGGAGGAGCUUUAUGCGAGGGCGCAGAUGGAGGGUGGGGAGGAGUUUGAGUUGGAGGGGAUGAUGGAUGAGACGGAGUGA